AUGUUCAUAACGUUCCGGAACACGAUACGAGGCGUCUCAUACUUCGGGGCAAUUCGUUCCUCUGUGAUGACCGAUGUCGUGCGAGCACAAGUUGGUGAGCCGUAUAUAAUAACGAAGGGUCUUUACUAUUAUGAUCAGUGAAGUGGUACACUUCAAGUGAUAAUGGAGAAUGGGACGUUCACCGUUGUCCGGUCUCCUGAAGACACGGCAAAACAGUAUCAAGCUUAUCUGAGAAAGUAUGAAAACGAUGACAAGUUGGUGAUUCUGCAGGCCGUGGACAGGCCAGGGUCAAAACCCGGCGACAAUUAUACGUCGAUGUUGAUCAGAACGAAACUCGUUGGUACUCGCGGAGACGGAAGUCCAUAUGCCAAGACUUUUAUGACAAAGAUUAUUGGAGAUAAGAAACUCGCCACAUUACUGGACCUUUCCGAUUUAUUUCGUAUUGAGGCAGAUGCGUAUAAAAAAAUAUUGCCCAUGCUUGGACCUUUUGGUCCUCCAUGUAUAUAUGCUGAUCAGGAUAUUAUAAUAAUGGAAGAUUUGGCAGAAAAAGGAUAUGCCACCUGCGAAAGGCGCAACUUUCUGGGUUUAGAUCAUUCUAUCUUUGCCUUAAAGAGACUUGCCAAGUUACACGCGUCGGGUCUAUCUAUAAAAAUCAAUAAUCCGCGGCAGUUUGACAAGUUGAAUAUGCAUCUGGAAGAAAUAAUAUACAAGGACAAUUCCGAUACAUCGUUAAUGAGGAGGUGUACCGAAAUGUGUGUGAAAUCGAUAAUACAAUAUUUAGGUAUGAUAGAGCCACGAACGCAAGAAUUGCAGAUUGUUAGAGAUUAUUUUGUCUGCCUCAAUAAAACUUAUGACGUGUUACGUCAACAGUUUAUGUCGCCGAAGCAAAAAUACGAUACGAUCUGCCACGGUGAUCCUUGGAUCAAUAAUUUGCUUUUCCUGCAUGACAAUGACGGCAAAAUAAUCGAUCUAAAAAUGGUAGAUUAUCAGAUAAUCAGGUAUACCUCGUUAUCCACGGACAUUCUUUACUUCAUAUAUAGCAGCGUGCAAUCGUCGCUAAUUGAGAAGAGUUUCGAGAGUCUUAUCAAAAUCUAUCAUAAUGAGUUUAUCAAUGAACUCUGUCGAUUGCAUGUAGAUGAGAAGAUUCUAGCGGAGCUCGGAAUCGAGUGGCUGCAGACGGAGUUGCGAACUUACGCGCUUUACGGACUGCUCGUUGGAUGCUUUUUAGCAAAUCCGAUUUUGGCGGAGGAAAAGGACGUUCAGCAAUUUGAAGCGAUUGAUUUCGGCCCGAUGAAUCCUAUGUAUCAAGGCGAUAUCAAUUCAGAGAUGAAUCAGAAGAAGGUGGAUCGCAUCCAACGUAUUGCGUUUCAUUAUCACAGGAGAUUUAAUUUGGGUAUUAUUAAUGAUGAUAUCGAACCAAUUCCUGUUAUAGAGGAUAGUAUUAAGAUUGCUUAGAACGUGUAUAAAUAUUCAUUAUUAUCACCUAAUGAACAACUUUGUAAACUUGUGUUUAAGAGAUAUAAAAAAAGCAAUUGUAAUUUAAGCCCGUUUCAUAUAAAUAAUUCAUGUACAUAUAUUGUAUGUCGUGUAUUUAUAUUGUAUCCAAUAAAAACUAUUGAAAAAUGCAGCUAAACGCUUGGCGCUGCUAGAUAUCGAAAUAUAAUUACAUAGUAGUAAAAACAUGAAUGUAACAUUUUUUUUAAACCGAAUAAGAAAAAUAAGAAACAUUACGAGAAUAAAAUAUCUAGCGCGGUAUGCAAGCGAGACAUACAAUCGUGCGGAAUUAGAAUUAAAGUUUCGAUUGUUUGCAUUGUAUUAUGAAAAUUGUAUUAUGUGAAAGCGAUUAGAUUUAAGUCUAAGAUAAUAAAUUUAGAUUUAUAA